GUAGCAGCAGGCUUCCCAGGGCGAGCUGGAAAGUGAGCUCCCGGCACAGCCUCGGGGGCCGGCAGCCGACCCGCCCGGUCCGGGAGCGAGAUCCCGGGCAGACUGGAGCAUCAGGAGACCCAGCACCGACCCCAUCGCCCUCUCCCUGCCGCGGACCUAAAUCCUGACUGGAUGGCGCAGCCUAGGAAAUGCUGUCUUUCAGAGAUGUGGCCAUUGAUUUCUCUGCAGAGGAGUGUGAAUACCUGGACCCUGAUCAAUGGACUUUGUACAAGGAUGUGAUGUUGGAGAAUUUCAGCAACCUUGUGUUCCUGGGCCUUGCCUCCUCUAAGCCAUACCUGGUCACAUUUCUGGAGCAAGGACGAGAACCUUUAGAUAUGAAGAGACAAGCAGCAGCUGCCAUGGAAACAGGAAACAAACACUCUACUGGCAAAGAAUGUGGCAAAGGCCUUCCUGGGAACUCACAACCUAUUAGCCACCAGAAAAUUGAUCUAAGAAAGAAGCCAUAUAAGUGUGAAGAAUGUGGCAAGGCCUUUCAUGCUCCAUCAUUACUUUCAAAACACAAAAUUGUUCAUGCAGGAGAGAAACCCUACAAGUGUGAAGUAUGCGGGAAUGCCUUCUAUUUUCCAUUACGACUUUAUCUACACAUGAGAAUUCAUAGAACAGAAAAACCCUUCAAUUGUGAAGCAUGUGACAAGGCCUUCAAUUAUCCAUCACAACUGUCUCUACACAGUAAGAUUCAUACAGGAGAGAAGCCCUACCAGUGUGAGGUGUGUGGCAAGGCCUUCCAUUUUCCAUCAAAACUCUCUCUACACAGUAAAAUCCAUACAAGAGUGAAACCCUACCAGUGUGAGGUAUGUGGAAAGGCCUUCAGUCGUCAAUCACGGUUUUCUAAACACAAAAGGAUUCAUGCAGGAGAGAAACCCUAUGGGUGUGAAGUGUGUGGCAAGGGCUUCAGUCGUCAGUCACGACUUUCUGAACACAAAAGGAUCCAUACAGGAGAGAAACCCUACGUGUGUGAAGUGUGUGGCAGUGCCUUCCAUGCUCUAUCAUUACUUUCUAAACACAGAAUGGUUCAUACAGGAGAGAAGCCCUACCAGUGUGAUGUAUGUGACAAAGCCUUCAUAAACCCAUCAUCACUAUCUGUACACAAGAGGGUUCAUACUAGCCAGAGACUCUACCUGUGUGAAGUGUGUGGCAAGGCCUUCCAUGUUCAAUCCCAACUUUCUGAACACAGGAGAAUUCAUACUGGUGAGAAUCCCUACAAGUGUGAAGUGUGUGGAAAGGCCUUCAAUCGUUCAUCACGACUUUCUCUACACAAGAAGAUUCAUUCAGGAGAGAAACCUUAUAAAUGUGAACUAUGUGGCAAAGGCUACAAUACUCCAUCAGGAAUCUCUCUGCACAAGAAGACUCACACCGGACAGAAACCCUGCAAAUGUGAAGUAUGUACCAAGGCCUUCUAUUUCCCAUCCCAACUUUCAGCACACAUGAGAAUUCAUACUGGUGAGAAUCCCCACAAGUGUGAAGUGUGUGGAAAGGCCUUCGAUCGCCCAUCACGACUUUCUCUACACAAGAAGAUUCAUUCAGGAGAAAAACCCUUCAAGUGUAAAGUAUGUGGCAAAUCCUACAGUAGUCGAUCAGGACUUUAUUCGCACAAGAGUAUUCAUUCAGGAGAGAUACCCUUCAAGUGUGAACUAUGUGGCAAAUCCUACAGGAGUCCAUCCGGACUUUAUUCACACAAGAGGACUCAUACAGGAGAGAAACCUUAGAAACUGGAAGUAUGUGUCAAGAUCCUGUACUGCACCUUUACUUAAAGUACAUGAGAGAAUUUAUACAGGCAAGAAACCACACAAAGUUGUGGCAAGGCUUCUAUGUUCCAUCAUGACUUUCUGUAUACAAGAGCAUUCACACAGGAAAGAAACGCUACAACUGAGAAGUAUGUGGCAAAGCCUUCCAUUUAUCAUCAUUACUUUCAAAAUGCAAGAGCUCUUUCAUAUUUGAGAGAAACCCUGUAAGUGUUAAAUAUGUGGCAAUGUCUUUAAAACUUCAUGGGUUCUUUCUCAUUUUUAAUAAUCCAUUCUGGAAAGAAACCCUACUGUGAAAAAUGUGAAAAGGCCUUGUGUAAAAAGUCAUAUUUAACUCAGCACAAAUUUUCUCACACUUGGGAGAAAACCACUAGUGCAAGGAACAUGGCAAAGACUUUAGAACUUAAACACACGUUCUCAACACCAGGCUUUUCAUAUUAGAGAGGAACGUUAGGAGUGUGGAGAAUGGCAAGGUCCUCCUCAAGCCUUCUGGUCUUAAACAACAUCAAAGAAUUGAUUUGUGAGAGAAACCCUGUGAAGAAUGAGCAAAGAUUUUUUUGUAGUUUCUAAGACUUGAAUCACCUGAUCAUUCAUACUGGAGAGAAAUGUCAUUAUUGUCAUCAAUUUUGAAAACACUUUUUAUGAGCUUUCUAGUGUUUCUCAAGACAAAGUAUUUCAUACUUCAGUGAAAUAAUACAAGUGCCAAAAUGUUCAUAAAAUGGUUUCUUAUUUCUUAAAACUCUAUAAGAUAUCAUAAUAUAUUCUAGAUAAAAAUCCUUCAAUUAGGUGGGAUAUCCUAAUGCUAAGUGGAAAAUCCAGGAAACAGAGAUAGAAAGAGAAAGUAGGUAGAGUCAAGGUGAAGCCAUGUGACUGCCAAAAGAGAAUGAUGCCAGAAUAUUGCCAGUUAAUCACAGCCUCGUGGUGAUAUACAGAUUAAUAGAAAUGAGCUAAUUUAAGAUGUAAGACCUAUCUAGGAAUAUGAGCUGUUGGCCAAACAUGCUGUAAUUAGUAUAGUUUUUCUGUGAUUUUUCCUGUCUGUGUUUCCGGGAAGUGAAAGCACAGUCUCUGUUUUCAUACCUAACUCAGGAUGAAAUAACUCACACUGGAGAAAAGCCUUACAAAUAUCUAGAAUGGCAAACCUCUCAACUGUACCUAAAACCUUAAGGAAUAUCAAAGAAUUCAUUCUGGAGAGAAACCCUACACGUGUAAAGAAUGUGGCAAAAACUUUAGAGAUUACACGUGACAUUCUCAACAGCAGACUAUUCAUAUUGGAGAGGAAGGGUAUGCCUGGAGAAUGGCAAGGUCAUUCACCAGCUUUCUGGAUUUAAACAACAUCUAACAAUUCUUGUCAGAGAAGCCCCGUGAAUUGUGUGCUGUGGCAUUUUUAUACUUGUAAAGAAAUUCUGAAACACAUGAUAAUUCAUACUGGAGAGAAAUGGCACUAAUGUUGUAAAUUUUAA